ACUCACUUUUCACAUGUAGUAGUUGUGCAGGGGUCAAAGCGGACAAGUGGAGAGCACAGGUUGGAGUGCCUUCUUUAGUAUAUUUUUGAACAAAUGCUCGGUUUUAGACAUAAAUUCUACCUGGAAGUUGUGUUACUGGUGAGUACUGGAGAAAGACUUUUGUAUCAACGCAAUGGCCUACACCGCAUUCACACAAGCACACCUAUAUGGAAAGCAAGUAUCUGCAAAAGAGAAGGACAAAUCCAGCAUUCAGUGCAUUGAACGCUAUGAUCGGAAUUUGUAUUUUGGGACCAAAGAUGCAACGAUCAAACACCUCCGCAUGUUUGUGACGAAGGCAGGCAUAUGUCAGCGCCCUCCCCUGCAGUGGCCUCGGGAGGUGCUGGCAGCAGCAGUGUGUUUUCCUUACAUCGUAACUCUGCACCCUCAAGUGCUGUCUGUGUACAACAUGUUGGAUCAGCAGUGCAAACAGACUGUGAGCCUCAGCAGAGCAAAAGGUCUGCUGUCCACUUCAGAUGGCGUGUUAGUGUUCACGGACAGCGCCAUUUUUAGCCUGUGUCUCAUGCAGCUGGAAGAGCAGAUUCAUGCACUUGUAGGCCAGAAGAGGGUUGAGGAAGCUUUACUGCUGCUGGAUGGACUUCAAAACCACAUUCCACGUGACUCAUGCAAGGAGCUGCAAAAGUCUGUCACAUGUCUGGCUGGAUUUGUGCAUUUCUACAGGGAGGCUUUUUCAGAAGCUAUGGGUUUAUUCAUUAAAGGUGAGCUGGACCCCAGAGAAAUCAUCAGCCUUUACCCAAACAUGGAAUCUUGUCUCUGCGAGCCCUUUCAAUCCCGGUUUGAUGAGGUGAGCAGGGACAGAGAUCUCCACAUGCUCUCACAAGAGGACAGAAACACAUUUCAUCAUUACCUGGAUUUCCUUGGAGAUUUUCUCUCAGCAGUUCGAGGACUGGAGCACAGUCAGAUGUGCAUGAAGGAGGUGGACAGCGCCCUCCUGAGGCUGUACACAGUAACAGGCGAUACUGGCGAACUGCAACGGCUUGUGACUGGUCCCAACAUGUGCUGUUUGGAACACUGUGUUCCUGUUUUGGAGCAACAUAACAGAUUUUUUGCAUUAGGUUCACUAUAUCAAAGCCACGGAAAUGAUUGUGAUGCUAUAAAGACUUGGAUGACGACUGCAGAUGGAAACCAAGACACGUCCUGCACAGAUGCAUACGGACACAUUGUGUGGACUCUCACUCAGUUGCGGGACAGCAGUGUAGUGUGGACAUUUGCAGACUGGACCCUCCAAAGAAAUCAAGAGGUAGGUGUUCAGAUUUUCACCAAGCGAUCCCCAGACAACCAGCUGGUGUCACAAGACGUCCUUGAUCUCUUAGAGAAGUACCCGGUGGCUUUGUGUUUAUAUGUGGAGUUCUUAGUUAACGACCUAGACAGUGAGGAACAAAGUCAUCAUAGUUGUCUGGCUCUGGCAUAUGUUGCUCAAGCACUGCAAGCGAGAGAGGAAGCAGGUUUGACGGCAACCAGACAGAAAUUACAGCGACUGCUGUGGGGCUCAGUCUUUUAUGACAUCACCACUGUAUACGAGAUAGUGAAGACAACACCCUUCCACACAGAAGCAGCCAUCCUUCUUGGUAGGUCAGGGAACCACUUCCCGGCUCUGCAGGUGCUUGUGCAUCAGGUGCGAGACCCCCAGGCUGCAGAGGCCUACUGCUACAGGGUUGCCGAGGAUCAGGACGUGCACUUCAAGGAGUCCUUGCUGCUUAGUUUGCUUGGCAUUUACCUGAGCUUAUUCGAUACGAGCACCGCUGCAAUACAUCUGCUCAACAACAACCCUCAGGUGUUUCCAGCACAGGCAGUGUUGCAGCUCCUGCCCGGAUCCUGGUCUAUUCAGCUGCUCUCGCAGUUCCUACAUGGAUCCCUCAGGGCGACUCUGCACCAGAGACGGAUGGUGAAACUGCAAAAGGCUCUGGUGCAGGUGGAGCUCCUGAGGCACAAAGUGAUGUGGAUGCAGCAGGCCUCCAAUACGAAGUUCAGAAUGGACACGGGUCAGGUGUGUACGGUUUGCCAGAGAGAGCUUACAGAGGUGGUGUUUGCCCGCAGCCUGCAGGGCGAGAUGAUGCACGUGAACUGCUCCGGAUGUUCACCAUCACAGACACACCAAUAGAGUUUUGGCUGUUUAUACAAAAAUGUGUGCACAAGCGCCUCCACGCCCUCGAGAAUCACAUUCAUUUCCAGCUGGAUUAGUGUGUGCCUCUUGCCUGAUCAUUUUGCAAGAUUAGACUGUGUCAUCCAGGUGCACUCACUUACAAGGAGUCAGUUCAUGGACCUUGGACCAGACAUGUUCCCUAAUUAGGAAAAAGAAAAUAUAUUGUGCAAAUAACCAGUUUUGAAAUGCGAAAGAGCAAAUGGUGCAGUUUUUGGGAACGGCGUGUCUGGGCCAUUUCUUACAGAAUCUGUAGACAGAAAGAGCUGCAAACUGACUUGUGGAGGACUCUGAGGGGUUAUGUAUUCAGUGAUCAGUCAGUGGAAAACAUGGAAACCACCUGUGGUCAACCUGCAGACUAAAGGGAAUGUGAGCGUCCGCCGCCACUGUAUAUAUGCAUCCUCACCAUCAUGGUUUCCACUGACUGUAAACUUGUCUGCAGAGCUGGAAAUAGCAGGUCAACAGCUGGAUGAACACGAGACACAGCGGAUGCAUUAAUAUACAUUUGUGAUUAAAAAUAAAUCACAAUUACAGGUUUAAAAAUAAAAAGUAAACACUGUGGGGAAGUGCA